GACAGCUUCAUGUUCAGUUUCUCAAGCUUGAAGGGGGCAUCUACACUCGCAUGCACAAUGUUCUGACUGAGUUCGUGAAGUUCCAGGAUAACGGUGAGGAGCCUACCCUUGUGCAGGCUGCAGCUUUGUGCAUUUCCAUCCAGGACAAUGUGAAAGCUGUUCUUCAAGAUCCAUCCUUCACUGGAAAGUGGGGGCAAUCUCUUUUGAAUGCGUCCCUCAGACUGCAGAGUCACGUGGAGAAGGUUGGAAUCAAGAAGGUCCAAGACUUUUUGAAAAAAGAUGGUGACACUGUCAGUGACACUGGUAUCAAGGAGGCGUUGCACUUUCUCAAAGAGCUGACCAAUUUGCCUGGCCAGAUGAAGGAUUGCAAAAACAGUUUGGAGGGCAUCAGCACUGGUGUUGCAGAGAUUUUGAAGAACCCUGACAUCAAGAAGGCGGAGGGGGCUGAUUUGAUGAAGCACCUUCAGACCGUUGUCAGUGUUUCCAGCUACAACCAGGACUUGCUGCAAACUCUGAUGGAGGAUGCGGCGUCGGAUUUCAAGGUUUACAUUGAGGAUUUGGCUGCAGCUUUGAACAAACUCGUGAAGGAGCUCACCGCUGACCAUGCAAAGUGGCUAGAGGUUGUGACCAAGUACAGGCCCAUUCUUGGAGUCGCAGAGUUUUGGCAGCCUGACAAGUUGGAAGACAUCAUGUGGAUCUUCAAAGGUGACAAACAAGUUGACGCAGACUCGAAAGAGAUGCUCCAGUAUCGUGAUCGCUUGGGUGCAAAGCUUCCUUUGCUAUCUUCCUUGCUUUCGCUACAGGUUGGCUGCAAGAGGGUAGAGAAAGUCGCAUGGUGCUUGAAGAAGGUUGAAAGCACCCACAAGGAUAUUCAG